AUCAGCACGAUAGACCCUAAAACCCGAGCUACCAAAAUUCACCUUCAAAACCCUAAUUUCUGGCGCAUCUUAAAAUCGCUCGUUCUCUCAAACGGUAAGGAUCCACACGACGAGCCAUAUACCAAAAUGAAGCUCUCGACGAGACGAAUCCAACGCCGUCAACCUCGUGUCUAUCCGAGCUCUGACGCACCGUCACGCUCCGUUUCAACAGGCGCCGCCAAUUGCUUCAAAACCCUAAUUCCGGCGCAACUUCAAAUCGAUCCUUCUCUCAAACCGAAAGGACCCAGACGACAAGCCAUAUAUCAAAUUGAAGCCCUCGACGAGACGAAUCCAACGCCGUCAACCUCGUGUUGAUCUGAUCUCAGACGCGUCCUCAGGCUCUAUUUCAAUACGCACCAUCAAGUUCCCUAAAACCCUAGAUCCGUCAAACAUAAACCCAAAAACGGCGCGACUUAAAAUCGAUAUAUCUCUCUAACCCUGAAGAAUCAGACGAUGAUCCACAUAUCGACGUGAAGCCCUUGACGAGAGGAAUACACCGGUGCAAACAUCACAACGAUCUGAACUCUGACGCGCCUUCACUCGCAGAAACAGUACGCGGCGCCGUCUUGGUCUUUGGAACCCUAAUCCGAACCAACAAAUUUUUCUAGCCAAAUUCAAAUCUUGUGAAAGCUAAGUUUAUCAUUCCUUAGUUGUUUUAUGAUAUCUUGUUUAGAUUAUCAUGUUUCAUGUUCAUGUUAUCUAAUACUCCUUAUGUUUGUUCAACGAUGUAAGCACACAGCUGUUCGCGAACAGAUACCGCGGCCAUGAACCAACAAUCUCAAGGUCGAUCAGCUAGUGGUCCUUCCUUUUUUGGUGGACCAUUCAACCCUACAUAAGGUUGAGUACUACGUAGGGGGAUGGAGGACUUGUGUGUGAGCUUUGUUUGAGAUGAUGUCGGGGAACGAUGCUGCGAAGACAGCGCGCUAAAAUACAUGUGUGGUGGGACAUGAAGGACUGUCCGAUUCCGGAGGGGUAUGAUGCUCGUCGGGUCCGUCCAAGUAUAGAAAGGGCGUUAAAGGAACUAGGCUACACUGGUCCUGUCUCCAUCACUGCCUAUGCCAACCAAAACGAAACCCCUGAUCACCAUCUUCUAGCGCUCUCUUCUACUGGUGUCGAUUUUGCACAUAUCCUUCCCUGGGUCGAAUACGGUAGCAUGACUUCAGAUUUUGAGGCAUGGAAAGUUGAUAAUCCUGCUCCGGCUUCAAUUAUGAUCAUAUCUGAUGAAGUGGCUUCCAGCAAGUCCCGUUCAUCACUUUUUUGCGCUGCUCUACAAGAGAGUAACUAUAAGUGUUUUUUGGCUUAUUCAGUUAGGCCUUUUGAAAUGCCAGUCCUGGUCACUUCUGCAGAGUGGCUCUGGGAUAGCUUACUUGCAGUUUCAGAGACAAAAAGACACAUUUUUCACAAGUGCAGUGGAAGUGAAAUGGUUGUUGCAUCUACCGGUAUGUUUUCUUGCAAAUUGUGCUACUCGGAUUGCAAAAGCCUGGAUGCUUUCAAGAAGCACCUCGCAAGUAAAGAACAUACAAAGGAGGAGCACAGAAUGACUUCGCAUUCUCAAUCCGCCCCUCGCCGGCAUAUGCUAUAUAAAAUAUCCAAGUACCAUGCUAAGGCAAGUUUUUUCUUCUUCUUAAUGAUAUAUAUAGAUUCUCAACAGAGAAAAAUGUAAAUAGAUAUGUCCAAAUACUCAAUGUUUCAUUUCAUAUAAUAUACAUGUUUUUUUUUUGAAAAGGAUAUAAUAUACAUGUUGUAGGUAGGAUAU